UCAGGGAGCGUCCCCAAGUCUGCCGCAGUCUAAAUCCAGCCAAUCUUAAGAAUAAAUUUAAAAUAUAUAUAAUUUCUGAGUGGUUGGGAACGAAGGGUAAACAUAAUUUUGUAAAGCCAGCAUCUUUGUCUGCAACAGGCACUAGAGGAGUUUAAGGAAGUAAGACUCGUGCCUAGUAGCAACAACAAAAUGAAAUCUGAAGGAAUUGAAGGUUGUGAGAGGUUCUUAAGCGUCGGCAAAGGUCGAGGGAUUAAAGCAACCACACACUUCAAAGUUGGUGAUCUUGUGUUCGCCUGCCCGGCAUAUUCCUAUGUUUUGACCGUGAAUGAGAGGGGUUGCCACUGCGAAUUCUGCUUCACGAGAAAAGAUGCUUUGUCCAAGUGUGGAAAAUGUAAGCAAGCCUACUACUGCAAUGUGGAGUGCCAGAAAGGAGAUUGGCCGAUGCACAAGCUGGAGUGUUCUGCAAUGUGUUCCUAUGGAGAGAACUGGUGUCCUUCAGAAACUGUGCGACUUGUUGCUAGAAUCAUCCUUAAACAGAAAUUCCAGACAGAGAAAACCCAGUCAGAGAGAUUGUUAUCCUUGAAAGAGUUUGAAGCACAUCUCGACAAGACAGAUAAUGAGAAAAAUGAGAUGAACCUAGCUGAUACUGCUGCACUUCGUCACUUUUACUCUCAGCAUCUGGAUAUCCCUAAUAAUGAUGCUCUUGUACAGCUCUUUGCCCAGGUGAACUGUAAUGGUUUUACCAUUGAAGAUGAGGAGUUGUCUCAUUUGGGCUCUGCAGUCUUUCCAGAUGUUGCUUUGAUGAACCACAGCUGUAGUCCAAAUGUGAUUGUGACAUACAAAAAUACAGUAGCUGAGGUUCGAGCUGUUCGGGAAAUCAGCCCUGGAGAGGAGCUUUUCAACAGUUACAUUGACCUCCUGUAUCCAACGGAGGACAGGAAUGAGAGGCUGAGGGAUUCGUACUUCUUUACGUGCGAUUGUGAAGAAUGCACUACCAAAUCAAAGGACAAGGCCAAAAUGGAGAUUCGUCAAAACCUAUGUACAGUCCCAGAGCCAGAAGAAAUUCAAGAAAUGGUGAGGUAUGCCAAGAAUAUAAUUGAAGAAUUCAGGAGAGCCAAGCACUACAAGACACCCACUGAACUGCUGGAGAUCUGUGAGUUGAGUCUGGAGAAGAUGGGAUCCAUAUUUGAGGAAACCAAUGUUUAUAUGCUACACAUGAUGUAUCAGGCAAUGGGUGUCUGUCUCUACAUGCAGGACUGGGAAGAGGCCAUAAAAUAUGGUGAAAAACUAGUAAAGCCAUAUAGUGUGCAUUAUCCUCCCUAUUCUCUCAAUGUGGCCUCCAUGUACCUGAAGCUCGGAAGGCUUUACUUAGGACUUCAGAAGAAGCCACAAGGAGUUAAAACUUUGAAGAAGGCUAUUGCUAUCAUGAAUGUUGCAUUUGGUCAAGACCACCAUUACAUCACUGAGAUUAAGAAGGAGAUGGAAGAACAAGAAUAAAGAGGACAAAGAGGACAUAAAGCAUAUGGCUUCUUUAAAUGAAGCAAAAGCUGCAUGGCAUGCAUCUCACACUCUAAAAUCGAUACAGAUUGAUGUCAUAAUACAGAUUUGUCAUAAUCUCAAUGAUUGAUGUAAUUUAGAUAUGUUUUACAAAUGAUUGAGUGUAAUAUCGAGGUGUUGACAUUGUGGUCUUCACCUUGAAUGCGUCCUAAUGUGUGCACUGUUUUGUCUGAGUAAGGGCUAGUAUUGAAGAACCAAAUAGCUUCACAGUGUUUGACAACAACACUCCAAUGUAGCAUCUUAAUAUAUAUAUAUAUUAAAAAAAAAAAUUGAUUGAA